AUGAAACUGUGGAGAUCCUCAGCAAACCCAGCUGCUGUAGCCUAUUCAAUGACCACACUGGGAUCCAGUAUGAUGAAUAGUAUUUUUAGUUUUUAUUAUGUUAAACUCUUCCUAAACAAGUACAAAAUCUCAGAGGGAGCCUUCCACAAGUCCCAGGUGGUCUUCAUGAUCUGGAAUGCUCUGAAUGAUCCGCUCUUCGGCUACCUGCAGGAUAAUUCACGUGUGCCCUGCUGCUCUCGUCGACGGCUCUCCAUCCUGUACGGUGCUCCCUUCUAUGGCCUGGCCUUCUUACUCGCCUGGUUCCCCUGGAAGACGUACGAAGCGGGCGACUGGCUGAGUGGCAUGCACCUCAUGGUUACGCUGUGCGCCUUCGACGGCCUGCUUACGUUUGUGUUGUUAGCUCAGUGUGCGCUCUUUGCAGAGAUCUCGGAGCACCACCAGAACAGGUUAAGGCUGAUCAAGUACAGCCAGGUGGCAUCUCUCAUUGGCUCCUCCAGUGUGCUUUUCUGUGGUCUAGCCUCCAAUAACAUGGAGGACUUCGGUACUUUUCAGGCUUUCUGUGUGCUUGUGGCACUGAUGGGUUGUGCCUGCAUGGUCUACACUGGCUUUUACUGCGAAAGCCGCUUUGACACCAAAGUAUCAGAGGAUCGCUGCCAGCAUCCCCCCCUGUCGCUGUCCUCAGUGCUCAGCAUGACGUGGCAGAUCCUUACCAACAGGGAUUUCCAGCUGUUUGUGUUCAUGAACUUUUUCCAGGUCUUCCUGUUGACCUUUUUUAACAACUUCGCCAUGAUUUUUACAGAACAUCUCUUACCGCCAAAUGUCCUUCCAUCGUUCACCAAGAGCAUUAUGUAUGGUGCUGGCUUCAUAUGCCCUCAGUUACUUGUGUUGGGCAGUCAGAAUCUGCUUCAUGAGGUUGGCUACUACCAGAUCAUCCUCAUGACCUUCUUUGUGGAAGCUGUUGCUGCUGCCGUAAUGCUGCUGCUGGGAUCGAGCCACUACUAUUGCCUGGCUCUGUUCAUCACCGCAAACAUGGUUUUGGUCCAGGCUGCUUUUAGUCUUUUUGGCCUACCACUGGCUGACAUCAUAGACUCGGACCUGCAGAAAUACAAGCGCAGCACCCCACUGUCAUCAAUGGUUUUUGGGACCAAUGCUCUUUUCACCAAACCUGCCCAGUCUUUAGCCCCUAUGUUGGUAGUCUUCAUUCUGAAUAUGUACGGCUAUGAGGAUAUAAAGGAUGGAAAUAUAAAAGAUCAGAGUGCACUGGAAGCGCUUCACAGUACCAUGUUCUACUUGGUGUGCUUGGUGCCAAUGUGCGUGGCAGCUAUGCAAGUCCUGGCAUGGAAGCCAUUCUCGAUCAGGGACAGUCACACAACUGACCUAAAGUAUAUAGAUGGAUAAUGUUUUACAUAAUUGUUUUACAUGAUUAUUCCAAAUUAUAAAGAAGGGGAGGUUCAAAGGACAGUAAUUUUGUAUGGGGGUUUUAAAGCUGUGCAUUACUAAGUUACUACUGUUUCAAAACUAGUUAUUAAAGUUGCACAUUAUAUGGCCAAAUGUAUGUGGACCCUUGACCAUGAGCUUGAUGAAUGCAGUUCAUCGCAAAUGUGUUUAGUAAGGUUGAGGUUAGAGCUCUGUUGACCACAGGAUUGCCUCCAGUGAUUAGACCAAGUUUUAAGCACCUUGUUUUGUGCACAGGGGAACAACUAUACUGAAACAAAAUAAGAAGGCCUUGUUAGCAAUAGGUGUAGUAGAAAAAAACACCCAAACUUCAUAACAUAAGUGGUGUCCACAUACGUGUAGCCAUAUAGUGUAUGUCCACUGGUUUCCUAAUGGAAAUGUCAUUUUGGGUAAAUAUGGAUAUGGUACCAGGGUUUGAGAAAUCUGAAAGCAAUUGAACUUGUUAAAUUAAUAUUAUUGGAUAUUUGUAAUGUUCCUAAGCACUUUAUGUACCCUAUUAAAAUAUAUAUUUGUAAAUAAAUUAAAUUGUCCAUUACCAUGUGAUUACUAAAUUAUGCUUGGUAUUGUUUACAAAGUUGAAUGGGAUGAAUGUAAGUUUUUUUUUAAAUAAAUCAUUUACACUAUA